AUGCCGGCCUUGACCCUCAUCGACCACUCGCCACAUCAGCCUGUUCCGGCCCCAAAAUUGCCAACUGCAGGCAACCUCGUUCUCAUCGACAACUAUGACUCCUUCACCUGGAAUGUCUACCAGUAUCUACUACUUGAAGGAGCCACUGUCACCGUCUACCGGAAUGAUAAGAUCUCUCUCGACGAGCUAAUUGAGAAGAAGCCAACGCAGCUGGUCAUCAGUCCCGGUCCAGGCCAUCCAGAUACGGACUCUGGAAUCAGCAAGGCUGCCAUCAGACACUUUGCAGGCAAGAUCCCGAUUUUCGGAGUAUGUAUGGGUCAGCAAUGUAUCAUUUCUGAGUUCGGAGGCAAGGUCGAUGUCACUGGCGAGAUACUUCAUGGCAAGACUUCUCCUUUGCGACAUGAUGGCGGCGGAGUCUAUCAUGAUGUUCCGCAAGACGUUCCUGUGACCCGCUAUCACUCCUUGGCCGGUACGCAUCCUGAGCUUCCGAAGUCGCUCGAGGUAUCGUCCUGGAUCGAGAAAGGUCCGGAUAGCGGCAAGGGUAUCAUCAUGGGAGUGCGACAUAAGGAGUUUGUCAUCGAAGGAGUUCAAUUUCAUCCCGAAAGUAUCUUAACGGAAGGCGGAAGGACGAUGAUCAAGAACUUCCUCGGACUCAAAGGUGGCACCUGGAGUGAGAAUGGCCCUAUGCGCGCCGCGGAGACUGAGAAGGCACAGCUUAAACAGAAUGGCCAUGCACCCUCAAAGAAGGAAUCCAUACUCGACAAAAUCUACGCCCACCGCAGAGCCGCUGUUGCCGCUCAGUCACAGAUUCCCUCCCUGAGGAUGGAGGAUCUGCAAGCAACCUACGAUCUUGGCCUUGCACCGCCGCUGAUCUCCUUUCCAGAUCGGCUGAGGAACUCAAAACAUUCUCUAGCACUACUAGCCGAGGUCAAAAGAGCAUCUCCAUCGAAAGGAGACAUUGCACUGUCAAUACACGCACCAACACAAGCAAAGAAAUACGCUCAAGCAGGGGCCAGCUGCAUAUCCGUGCUGACAGAGCCAGAAUGGUUCAAAGGCAGUAUCGACGACCUACGAGCAGUCCGACAAGCACUGGAAAGCAUGCCCAACAGACCGGCCGUGCUUCGCAAAGAAUUCAUCUUCAAUCGAUACCAAAUCCUGGAAGCUCGAAUUGCCGGCGCAGACACUGUUCUGCUCAUUGUCAAGAUGCUAGAUGUCGCCACGCUCACCGAUCUGUACAAGUAUUCUCAAAGUCUCGGCAUGGAGCCGUUGGUCGAGGUGAACACUCCCGAUGAAAUGAGUGUGGCCUUGAAGCUCGGCUCACAGGUCAUUGGUGUCAACAAUCGCGACUUAACAAGCUUUGAUGUCGAUCUGGAAACGACGAGCAGGUUAAUGGCUGGCAUUCCGGAGACCACCAUUGUUGCAGCCUUAAGUGGUAUCUCGGGACCGCAAGAUGUGGUUGCAUAUCGAAAAGAUGGCGUCAAAGCUAUUCUCGUUGGCGAAGCUCUGAUGAGAGCAGCUGAUACGGGUACCUUCGUCGCGGAGCUACUGGGCGAAUCGUCCAACGGAGCCGCGAAGGUACCCUCGCAAAAACUGAUCACCAAGAUUUGUGGGACAAGGUCUGUGGAGGGUGCCAAAGCAGCGAUCGAGAACGGGGCCGACUUCGUCGGCAUCAUCAGAGCCACAACGAGGCAUCGUUUCGUUCCGGACGAGACUGCCAUACAGAUCUCACAGGUCGUACACUCGACACCUCGCCCGUCAAUGCGAGAAAUACAGAUCACUGGUACCGACUUCUACGAGCAAGCCUCACAGACCGUCUUGCAUCCGAGACGAGUAAAGUUGGUCGGAGUGUACCUCAAUCAACCACUCGAUCUGAUCCUUAGUGACAUCCAGAAGCUCGAUCUUGAUCUGGUCCAGCUACACGGCCAGGAACCUCUGGAAUGGGCGAGACAAAUUCCUGUCCCAGUCAUCCGCAGAUUCACGCCGACCGAAAUCGAGAUCCGGACUCGUGGCUAUCACGACAUUGCUCUACUCGACGCGGGAGCUGGAGGCUCAGGCCAGCGAGUAAACGUGGCCGAGAUCGUUGCAUUAUUUGAGAAGGAUCCCAACUUGAAGGUGUUCCUGGCUGGAGGCCUGAGUCCCGACAAUGUGCGAGCAGUCCUCGAGGGUCUUCCGGAGAGUGUCAGACGGGGCAUCGUGGGCGUUGAUGUCUCAAGUGGUGUUGAAACUGAUGGAAAGCAGGUUGUCGCCAAGAUAGAAGCGUUCCUCAGGGAAGUGAUAUGA